AGUGGUGAGACUCUGGGGAUCUCCUGAUUGCACAAAGUUGCGAAAUUCAUACAAAACGACCAGUUACGAUAUUUUCCAUUCUUCUACAGAAAGACUUUCCAAAUCAGUUUUCAGAUAUGAAGACGUAGAAAUACAAUUCUGUCUAAGACUGUCUUCUCCAAGUGAUUAGAUAUCUCAAGUAUCACAGGAUUAGGGUUAGAUUUAAGAUUAGGAUUAUCAUAAACUCAGGCUUUAUUCCACCACUAAUCCCACCUAAUCUUACAAGAUUAAAUUUGUGUAUUUAAUUUUACUGAACUUGGGAUAUAAGUAACUCUUUAUUCUGUAAUGUGAAAAACAGAAUUAAAAGUAGGUUCCUGUUUGAUCUGAUUGAAGAAAAAUGACCCAGUCAAUUGUCGUUCAAGGUACAUAGUAAUCAGAUCUCCAAACUGUUUUUAUAUGUCCCACUAUAAUAGUUUUAUGCUGUUGUUUUUAUUUUCAAUAGUUGGACAAUGUGGAAACCAGAUUGGAUGUCGUUUUUGGGAUUUGGCUCUGCGAGAGCAUGCAAAUAUCAACAAGACAGGAAGAUACGAUGAAUCUUUGAGCAGUUUCUUCAGAAAUGUUGAUACGAGGUUUGAAGAUCCAAAGGAUAUCCCAGUUGGAAGUGGUAGAGGAAAGAUCAAAAGUCUCAAAGCAAGGGCUGUAUUGAUUGAUAUGGAGGAAGGUGUUGUCAAUGAAACAUUAAGUGGACCUCUUAGAGAUAUCUUUGAUUGCAAACAGCUCAUAACAGAUGUGUCUGGUUGUGGAAAUAACUGGGCAACUGGUCAUAUGAUGUAUGGUAGUCAGUACCAGGAUAAAAUUCUUGAGACGAUUCGUCAUGCAGCAGAGUUGUGUGAUUCUUUACAGUGCUUUUUUUUACUCCACUCCAUGGGCGGAGGUACUGGUUCAGGUGUUGGGACAAAUGUUUUGGGCCUACUGGAAGAUCACUACCCAGAAGUGUAUAGGUUUACUACAGCAGUCUAUCCCUCACAUGACGAUGAUGUCAUAACUUCCCCAUACAACAGUGUACUUGCAAUGCAUCAACUUACAGAGAAAGCAGAUUGUGUGCUACCAAUUGAGAACCAGGCAUUGAUUGAUAUUACAAACAAAAUCUAUGAAGCCAUUCCUCCAUCUCGACCGGGCAAAAAAGUUUACCAACAAAAAGGAACCCAGGUCAAAGAGAUAAGCACCAUCACUUCAAGCCAGAAAGGAGUCACAAAACCAUCCCAAGAAAAACCUUUCGACCACAUGAACAACAUUGUUGCCAACCUUCUGCUCAACAUGACCAGCUCAGCAAGAUUUGAAGGAUCAUUAAAUGUUGACUUGAAUGAAAUAACCAUGAACCUUGUACCAUUUCCUAAACUACACUAUCUUGUAUCAAGUCUGACUCCACUGUAUUCUCUUAUUGAUGUGAACCUUCCAGUUGGACGGUUGGAUCAAAUGUUCACGGACGCCUUCUCGAAAGACUACCAACUUAUAAAAGCAGACCCAAAACAGAACUUGUACUUAGCCUGUGCACUCAUAGUCCGUGGCAAGGCAGAGGUUUCUGAUAUUAGACGAAAUAUCGAAAGACUAAAACCAAAUCUUAAAUUUAUACACUGGAAUCAAGAGGGUUGGAAGACAGGGUUAUGUUCAGUUGCACCAGUUGGGCAACCAUACUCACUUUUAUCCCUUGCGAAUAACACUUGUAUUCAAAACACAUUUUCCAAUCUAAGGCAGCGUUUCACCAAGUUGUAUCGGAGGAAAGCACACAUUCAUCAUUAUAAUAAUGUGGAUGGUUUUGAGCAGACGAUGUUUAACGAGAGUUUAGAAUCUCUUAAUUACUUAAUCGAUGAAUACGAGAUUUUGAAUAGAACACUUAAUCAGCCUGCAGAAUUUCCGAAAAGGUUGGGAAUAUUAUAGAGAAUAAAUAUUUAUGAACUGGUUUCAUUUUUUUCAUCUUUAUUUUGCUCUACAUUCAAGAUCUUGAUACAAUGGUUUUCU